AUGAGGGCUGACCAAGUGCAAGGUGGCGACCCUAUAGGCAUUGGCAUUCGAGCCUUGCCCAUUGGUUUUGGUAUUAUCUUUGGAGCUGCCAUAACCCUAAUACUCAUCCCAGUCGUAAAGGGCCGCACCACGCCGUUGAUGAUAUUCUCAUGUGCUCUAAUGACAGCAGGAACCGGUGCCAUCUCAGUCGGCACGCCACAUAAUCUCUCUACCCUCUGGGGCCUGACUACCAUCGCCUCCAUCGCAGUCGGCUGCGUUAUAAUCCCCUGCUCCAUAAUCGCGCAGCUUGUAUGCCCCGUUGAGCUCAUCGGCACCAUCACAGCCAUCACCCUCAGCAUCCGUUUUAUAGGCGGCGCAGUAGCCUUCACGGCCUAUGACAACGUGCUCUACCAUAAAUUAAACGGAUACAUCCUCACCAUCGUCGCGCCCGCUAUAGUCGAGAACGGCAUCGUAGCUCCAUCUCGGGAAGACGUUAUUGGAGUGCUUGCAAGCCUAGCUGCUCAAGCCAAGUUUCCGGAACUAGAAGAGACUAUUGCUGCUAAUCCUGCUGUGAAGCAUAAAGAGAUCGCGUAUGACGUUGUGAUUGGAGCUAUGCAGGAGUCUUACGCGCUGGCUUUCAGGUACCCAUAUUGGAUUAGUAUUGCGUUCGGAGCCAUCUCUUUGGUGUGCUCGUUCUUUUUGAAAGACGUGAGGACAGUUAUACGGGGCGAGAACUAA